AUGAAGGAGAUGGGGAAACUAAGCAAAUACCUAAAGCCCCUGCUAACACAGCAGACGGACUACACGGUCACUUACCUAAGUUUCAAAGAAAACAUCAAAAUAACAAUACCGACGAAAGAAGACUGGGAACAAAACUCAAUAAUAAAAGAGGACGAGAUCUCAAUCUUUACAGACUUUUCAAAAACGAUAAAAGAAUGUCUGCAAGCGGAAAUCCUAGCAAUUGAGAAAGCAGCGAGAUUGGCACAGCUAAACGAUGGUGCACCAAUGAAGGUGACUAUCUACACAGACAGUCAAGCAGCUCUCAAAACUCUGGCGUCGAAAUUAACGAGAUCAAAGGCAGUGAUGAGCUGCCGCGAAGCCCUGUCAUGGAUCCGCAACAGCGAAGUCGGACUCUGCUGGGUACCCGGACACAAUAGUGUCGAAGGGAACAUCAAGGCAGAUGAACUGGCAAAGCUUGGAGCGGAGAAAGACAGCAGCAAAGCGAUCAGCCACCCACUGCCAACGAUCAACGUGAUAAAGACGACCAUUGACAGAGUCAUCGAGGUAAUUCACAGCGAGAGAUGGAGAACACAAGAUGACUGCACGAUCACAGGAGUAGUAACAGGUCACUGUGCGGUCGGGGUCAAUCUCAAGAGAUGGGGAAAGACGAAAGACAACUUCUGUAGAGAAUGCUGCGAUGAAGAAGAAACCAUAUCCGACCUGCUAUGUCAUUGCCCAGCCCUGGAAAGCAAAAGGCACAAUACGUUGGGCCACAGCUUCCUAGUGGAACAGGACGAGGCAGCAGGAAUGGAUAUUGGGAAGAUAACGAACUUUGCAAAAAGCUGGAAAUGCUUUCAGCAAAAGUAA